GCACGAGUAAACAAAACAAAAAUUGCGAAUUUAUUAUUGCCGGUGAUCGAAAAGUUCUCGAUGCAUGGCAUUCGUAAUAUUGCAAAGCUGAUAAAACGUGUUCCUGCAAAGAUUGGUUUUGCGUUCUUUCAGGAGCGUUGUGGUGUGAAAACAAUCGCGAGCCGAAUGGGUCCAUCUACUCCAACAAAGGAGCUGUCGAGCGAAUUGGUCUCGCAGCUUGGAAAGCCACCGAGAAUGCGUGAGGAUCCAGCUUUCAAGAAGGUGGAUAGCCCCGAGUUCCAUGGUAUUUUUACUCCGGAAGUGGACUCGCUGGUGUCCCUCUUCAAGCAGUACGACUAUGAGUUGAGAAUUGCCGGCGGAGCCGUCCGGGACAUUAUAAUGGGUAUCAAGCCAAAGGACAUUGAUUUUGCAACAACAGCCACGCCAGACCAGAUGAAGGAGAUGUUCACCAAAGAAAACGUGCGUAUGAUCAAUGCCAAAGGCGAGAAGCAUGGCACCAUUACUCCGCGCAUCAAUGGCAAGGAGAACUUCGAGGUAACCACUCUGCGCAUCGACGUCCGCACCGAUGGCCGACAUGCGGAUGUGGUUUUUACCACUGACUGGCAGCUGGAUGCAAACCGUCGUGACCUGACAAUAAACUCCAUGUUUCUGGGCUUUGACGGCACAGUCUAUGACUACUUUUAUGGCUACGAUGAUCUGCAGCAACGCCGUGUUGUUUUCGUUGGCGAUGCCGACAUACGUAUCAAGGAGGACUAUUUGCGCAUUUUGCGCUAUUUUCGAUUUUACGGACGCAUAGCAAAAGAUACACAAAGUCAUGAUGCUACAACCUUGGCCGCAAUCAAGGACAACGCCGAAGGUUUGGCAAGAAUCAGCGGCGAGCGAAUCUGGUCAGAGCUGCAGAAGAUAAUUGUGGGAAAUUACGGACCCGAACUGGUGCUGGAAAUGCACCGCAGCAACCUCAUUCAGCAUUGUGGGCUGCCUGUUGAGCCCAACUUGAAGGAAUUUCAACGCCUUUGCGAUUCCUUGGACCAGUUCGAGAAGCCCCACUAUCCCAUCUUGUAUAUGACGGGAUUGCUUCACUCUCUCGACGAGGCUAUGAUGAUGCACGAGCGCUUGAAAUUGUCCGCAUUCGAAAGGGAUCUGGCGCUCUUUAUUACUCAACAGCGGGAAAGGGUGGACACUGAGUAUACGACUCUACGCGACUAUCAAAAACUGUGCCUGCAGCCAUAUGCCAAGCGGGAUUACGUCGAGCAACUUCUCAAGUAUACCAACAACGUGGAGCUCUACAAUCAGUUGAAGGCAUGGCCCACUCCAAUUUUUCCCCUGAAUGGGAAUAUGCUUAAAGAUUAUGGGCUCUCUGGCAAGAACCUGGGAGCUGGACUCUCAAUGCUGCGCCUCAUGUGGGCAGACAGCGACUUCCAACUAACCUCUGAACAGUUACUGGAAAAGAUUCCACACGUCUUGGAGAAACUACAGUCGACAAGCAGCACACAGGCACCAAACAAAAAGAAACGAACAGAAUAGCCGAAUCUUUAGUUACACUCCUACG